CAUGCAAUGCAACAACACCAACUCAAAGCCCCAAAAUGUCAGGCAAAGGCUUGUCUUACGGACUCAACAUUACAAAAAAGACACCUUUAGGAAGCAGACCCCUGCCUGGCAAGAGGAAACCAAUUUUCGACGAGCCUGACGAUUCAGAUGGCGACGACAAAGGCGACGCUGAAGCAAUUGAAGAAAUUGGGGAAUUUGGCGGUCUCACAAACGAUGCCCCAGCUCCCAAACUCUCCAAAACAGGCGCGGUAAAAGGUCGAAAACCGAUGAUGAAGCUCGGGUCAAACAAAGCGCCAAUCAGCAUGUACGGCGACCUCUCCUCGUCCUUCACAUCCAAGAAACACGCAGAUAAAGCUGAGGAGCUAGACGCCAAUAUCUACGAUUACGAUGCAGUGUAUGACUCUCUCAAGCCACAGAAGAAAGUCACGGAGGAGGACAAGGAGCGCAAGCCGAAAUAUAUGACGAACCUCAUGGCGGCCGCAGAAGUUCGACAGCGAGAUGCCAGGAUCGCGGAGGAGAAGAAGCUAGCACGAGAACGAGAAGCUGAGGGCGAUGAAUUUGCUGAUAAAGAGAAAUUCGUUACAUCCGCGUACAAAAAGCAGCAGGAGGAGAAUAGGCGGUUGGAAGCUGAGGAGAAGAUCCGCGAGGAGAUGGAGGCGAAGAAGAAUAAGGGAACAGGCAUGACGAGCUUCUACAAGAAUAUGCUGGAGAAAGGAGAGCAGAAACAUGCGGAAGUUGUUAAAGCGGUGGAGGAGAGAAUUAAGACUGGCCCGGUGGAGGAGGUGGAGGAGGAGAAGGUCAAAACAGAAGCGGAUAUUGCGAGGGAGAUUAAUGAGAAAUCUGGUGGUUCGAUUGCCAUUAAUGAUGAAGGGCAAGUGGUGGAUAAGAGACAGCUGCUUAAGGGAGGUCUGAACAUUGCUGCGAAACCUAAGAGUGCUGCACAGUCCAAUGCGGCGAGAGAUGCCAAAGCUUUGUCUGACCGGACGAAAGGUCCUGGAUUCGUGGGUGCUGGUGGUGGUAAGCAAGCUAUGCGCGAGAGGCAAUCGAGGAUGAUGGAGGCACAAUUGGAGCAGGCGACCAAGAGAGCGCUUGAGCAGGAGGAAGAGGAGAAGGUGACUCUGGAGAGGGCUUCGAAAAGUAGAAAGACAGAGGGCGACAUUAUGAGUGCGAAGGAGAGAUAUCUCGCCCGAAAGCGGGAGGCUGAAGAGGCGAAGAAGAGAGGAGAGUAGACACAUAUAAGAAAAAAUAAAGCAAAAACUUAUCCCAAAAUUUGGAGGCUUAGGAAACAUCACUGUCAGUC